AAAUGAAUGAAAGGUUUCAGAUUUCCAGUAUGUGUGAUUAUCUAUCUGUACUGUAGGCAAGCGUGCUUGUGGGGAAUGUAGAAAUGCGCGCGUUUUCACGAUUGUCAGUGUCAAGUCAAGAUAAUCCUAUCGUUUUAAUUUCUAGCUUUGGAUUUGUAAAUAAAUAUGCAAUCAAUACAAAAUUAACUAUCUUUAACCUACUUUUCAAUCUAUUAUUGUACUAUAGUCGCUGUGUUAUCUCUUAAACCACAGUGAAUUUGUGUAAACUUAAUACCGGUCUUCCCUUAAGAAAAAAGCAUCAUUCAAAAAUGAGUAACUCCGCAAUAGAUAAUACUUGGACUAAAGAUUUAAGAGAAAUCCUCAAUGACAAACGCAAAGCGACGAAAGGAAGAAUAAAGUCACAGUCGGACAGCAGCAGAGAAAAUUCAAACAGUAGGAAAAGGGCAAAACCCAAUGAGAAAGCAGGCACUGAAACAAGAGCACGUAAACCAAAGAAGCCUGUUGAACUAGAGACUGACCCAUUAAUGUUGCAAAGAAGACAGAAACAAAUUGACUAUGGGAAAAACACAACUGGCUACCAUAACUAUUUGCAGCAUGUACCUAUAGACAAGCGCACUAAGGAUGACCCAAAGACCCCAGAUAAAUAUUCAAAAUACAGUCGCAGGUCAUGGGACACAUUGAUCAAGAUGUGGAGGUUAAAGUUACAUGAGUAUGACACUGAUGGAGCCAAGUCAAACACCGGAUCUAACUCUGGCUCUGUUGCUGGUUCCACUACUUAUUCUGAUGAGGAUGAGGGUGAUAAUGUUGAGCAAUAGAUAUUUUAGUUGUAAUUAGGCAUAGGAGUUCUUACAAUACCGUACAAUAUCUUUAAGACAUGCUGUUGAUGUUAAGAGUGUAUUCCCAUUUGUCCCUGCUGAACACAGAUGGGAAUAGGUGUAUUCAUAUGAACCACUCCCAUCUGUCCCUGGCUCAUGUAUGGCAGUGAUCAUGUGGUGUGGUGACAAAUAUGAAUACUCCAAAGUCAGGUGCAUCCAGAUCUGGCUCUUGCACUGCACAUAGCAUGUGGUACUGCUACAUGCAUAAGGGCAGUUUGUGAAUUUUGCACUAGUAGCAUUUCACCAGAUCUGGUUGCACCUUCAAGAUUAAAAAUGCAUCUAAAUGUCUCAAAGCCAUUAUUGUCAUAUCUAAGGAUCAGACACAGGUAGUAAGUUUAGGAUUUAGCAUAAAAAUAGAUGUGACAAUUUACUUUUUGUGUUUAAUUUAUACAUGAAAUAUGAAUGCAUUUAUAGUUGUCAGCCGGGACCACACAGAGCGAGCAUAUGCACGAGGCAAUUUCCUCACGCACAAUACGGCUUGUGUAGACGUGCCUCGGCCGAGGCGGCGUGCGCGUUUUCCUCGCCCGAGCUCACCGCCUCGUCCGAGGCACGUUUACACUGGCCGGUUUGUGCGUGAGGAAAUUGCCUCGCGCGUAAGUGCUCGCUUGCUCGCUCUGUGUGGACCCGCCUAUCGAAGUUGCAAUUUUUUUUUUAUAUAAUUCCAUAUAUUUUCUAUUCUAGAUAAAAUAUCUAUUGAAAGAUAAAUAACCGUUCAGGUCAAUUUACACAAAAAUUUUACUUUUUCAAAAUAACAAUUUUUUACAUUACCUUUUGACCUUGUAUUUGAGGUUUUAUUAUAAGUUAUUUAGCAGCAUUGGUAUUGUUUAUUUCUUAACAACAUAGGCUAAAGUGACAUAAAUUGCUACCUGUCGCUGAUCACUGGUUAUAUCAUAUCAUUGUUUGAUCGCUUUUCUUUUCAUCCUGUUACCCCCUGCUGGAGUGUAGGGCUUGAACCAUUUUCCGCCGGGCAUCUUCCAGGUCAGGACCUCUUUGGAUAGGUGAGUCAGGCUUCUCUGGUUAUUCUUCUGGUGCUUCUGGGUGCUUGUCUGGUUAUUCUGCAUAAAUGUUUGUGAUCCAGUUUGAUUGCUAUAGGUAUUCAUAACUUUGUUAUGUUUAGUCAUAACUAUCUAGAGGUUAUUAUGCAAAGACAAACAUAAAACACUGCCCUGUGACCUGUUUCUACACACAAUAUCGUACUGAUUAUAUGUGACUUUCCACAGAGAAGGAUCCUUAUGCUUCAUCUGGAAAUUCUGCAUAAGAAUGUUUCUAUGAGAAUGUAUGUUCGAGUUUCAGAUGGAAACCUCCUUUAUGUACAUGAAGCAUAAGGAAAAGCCACUUAUUACUAGAUAAACAAGACUUUAUUGUUGGUAUGUGCUGUUACCAUAAAUUAACUGUACACCUCUUACAAAAGCAAGCAAGAGUGAACGGAACAUGACUUUACUAUUACAUUUUAACCUUUCAUGUCGAACGUGGAUCGUGGAUGCAGUAAUUAUUAAAUUCGACUUUUUUUUAUUCAGCCACUAGUAAACUAUUUGGAAGAACCUAUUUAGUUAAUAGGUUUUCCAAAUAUAUUUUUAAAAUAAUGGGCUCUUAUUGUCGUCUCCUUUAUUAUUUACGUUAUCAAUAUUAUUGACCAAUUUUUUGUAACAAUUAGGUGCAUUUAGACAACUUCAUAUCUUGCGAAUGUUGCACAGAAACAUGAUAACUCAAUCCUUUAGAUAUGGGGGUAGGGCAAAUUACUUGGUUAUAGGCCCUAAGACCAAAAUAUAGUUUCUUCUAGCGUCCGACCGAAACCAGAUUGUUGCCGAAAAAUAAGGGUUCGGAUUGCUCUUUUUUUGAAACCAAAACUGAGGUUGGACAUUAGUUUUUCUACCAUGUUUGACAGAUUUUCACAAAUAUACCAAUCAUUAUAAGUGCCUACAAAUGGCUAUAAUGUUAGCCCUAGUAGUAAGCAAUAUGUAUUUGAUAUGACUGAUAUGUAUGUUUCAUAAGAUUUAGUUAUUAAAUAAAAAAAAUGUAAAUAAUAUUGAUUAAUAAAAAUGCUUGUCAUAUUGUCAAUGUAUAGAAAA